AUGAUACGAUAUCGGGUACCUGUCAUCUUAGCAUAGACCAAACAUGGCGGCUCAGAGUGAGGGUGGAGGAAAAGAUGAUAUAAAAAGCCAGUUUGGCACUCGGGAAGGAAUAUAUAAACAAAUGCAUUUGUCUGAAUAUUCGAGACCAACGAGGGCAGCAUACAAUGGACAAGCAAAUGCGCCCGUUAAAGUCUCCUUCAUCAAUGUUAACGAUGCUUCUGGGUAUCCUGAUCGAAUAUGUUUCAAUGUUGGAAGGGAGCUUUACUUCUAUAUUUACAAGGGUGUAAGGAAGGCAGCAGACCUGACCAAACCAAUAGAUAAAAGGAUUUAUAAAGGAACAUUCCCUACUUGUCAUGACUUCAAUCAUCAGUCAGCAUCAUGUGAGAGUGUCUUGUUGUUAGUUGGCUUUACUGCUGGCCAAGUUCAACUUAUCGAUCCUAUUAAACAAGAAAUAAGCAAGCUUUAUAAUGAAGAGAGAUUAAUAGAUAAAAGCAAAGUUACUUGUAUUAAAUGGAUUCCAGGAUCUCGAAACCAGUUUCUAGUUUCACAUGCAAGUGGACAAAUAUAUGUAUACAAUGAAGAGCUCCCAUGUUGUGGAGCACCUCCUCACUAUCAGCCUUUCAAACAGGGAGAUGGAUAUUCAAUAUACACAUGUAAGACCAAAAGUACUCGGAAUCCACUAUAUCGUUGGCUUGUUGGACAAGGUGCUAUCAAUGAGUUUGCAUUUUCUCCUUGCUCUCGAUUCUUAGCUGUUGUUGGACAGGAUGGUUAUCUUAGGGUAUUCAACUAUGAUUCCAUGGACUUAGUUGGAUCUAUGAAAAGCUAUUUUGGUGGACUUCUUUGUGUAUGUUGGUCUCCUGAUGGCAAAUAUCUUGUUACUGGUGGAGAGGAUGAUUUAGUUACUGUCUGGUCAUUUCAUGAAAAAAAAGUAAUUUGUAGAGGAGAAGGACAUCGGUCAUGGGUUAAUGUAGUAGCCUUUGAUCCUUACACAUCAAAUUUUUCUGAUACAGAAGGCUGUGAUUUUAGUGGUAGUGAUGAAGAAUUUCAUUAUGGGACAUUACAUAACCAUGAAGGGAAAAGUGAAAACUCUGUUCAUGAAACUAGUGUGUUAAAUCGAUCAAGGACUGGAUCAAAUAAAAGUUUUUCUGACACUCGGACAACAAAUUUUACGUCAUAUCGUUUUGGUUCUGUUGGCCAGGAUACAUUUUUAUGCUUAUGGGACUUGACAGAGGAUGUUCUUAAGCAACCUGUAGGUCGUACAAGGACAAGUACCAUUAUUGGACCAAAUGCAUUUAAUUAUAUGUCCCGUUGUAAUAGUCUACCAAAUUCUCAAAAAUCUAAUUCCUUGAACACACAGGUACCAGUUGUUGAUGGAAAUUCUCUGCCAAAUGCAUCUGUGAAUAUCACUGCUAAAUUUGCCACACUGUCUCUUGGAGAUAGAAAAGAUAAGGAUCAUGAAAAAAAGGAACACAAAAGAAAUUUAAGUUUAGCUGGCAGAAGCAGUGAAAAAGUAAGCAUAUUGAAAACCAGUGUUCGGCCUAUUGAUGAGUCUUUAAAAUUACUUGGAACUCCAGCUUGUCCACGCUUAGAUGAAAUUCCUAUGUUGGAACCUCUUAUAUUUAAAAAAAUAGCACAUGAACGGCUAACAGCUUUAGUUUUUAGAGAAGAAUGCAUUGUUACUGCAUGUCAGGAAGGUUUUGUUUACACAUGGGCUCGUCCAGGAAAAGUGCUUUUCACAAAGAUUGAAUCUUGCAAUGAUGGAUGUUGAAGAUAAAUGCUGGAAUGAAUAUAACAUUAAAGAUGGCAGCACUACAAAUCUUUAGAUGGGAGAUCCAUCUAUCCUAUAAACUUUGACCAUUUUUGAAAAAUGCAUAAACCUCUCGUCUUUUCUACCAUCAUGACUUUGUAUUAUAUUGCUAAUAAUAACCAUAAUAAAUAACACAGCAAAAAUAUAUAGGAAUAACAUAAGAAACACUACAGCAGUCAGCCUUUCUGCAAGGCUGUGUAACAUAUAGUUAAACAUUAAGACAGCAAUAAACUGCUUUUUUUUUUCGUUUUUGAUUUUUGAACAAAAUAUAUAUUUAAACCUCCCACCCCAAUAAAUUUUUCCAUCAAAACUAAAAAUCUAAGAAACAAAAUAUCAAGUGAAACACACACAUAAACUCACAGUCACACAUGCGUAUAUACACACACAUGCAUAUGCACAUGUGUGUAUUAUAAAUAACUGAAACAGUACAACUGUGAUUUAAAGUUUCUCCUUUCAGCUCAUCAGGUAAUAAAUGUUAAAAACAGUUGAAAAUUAUUCCAGCAUUUCUCACUGGUUGGUCAGAAUAAAAGAAUAAUCAGCACAUGUCUGAUAUUAGGGAAUGGGGGUUACUAAUUUUUAAAGAUAGAUGCAAAUAUGAUUAUCCUUUUUGGUACAAACUUUCUGAUUUACAGCGAUCUAAAUCAAAGCCUUCCAUUGACAUUUCAUGUUAAUUUAUGUUUCAAACUUCAGUUUAAUAACAGCAAAGUUAUUUUACUAAAAUCUUCAUUAUUUAAAAAUUUAAUUAAAACAAUGGUAAUGUAUUGACUGUUAAAAAAAGGAAAGCUUCACCUUUGUUGUGAAAAAAAAAAGUAUCUGCUUAGUGAAAUUUGUAUCCUGUUAGUUUAAAAACAUUUUAAAACGAAUCAGUGGCAUGUGUUGACCCAAAAUCUCAGUUGUGGAUGAGGAUGUUUUCAUCAUUGAACAGAAUGGUGUAUUUCCAAAAUAUGCAAAACUAAUAUAUAUUCUUCUGUUGAUUUUUGUUUUUAUAAUUUAAGAACAUUUAAGCUCCUGGGCUUCAAAUCCCAAAUAUGUUUGGACAAAUCUCUGUUUGAUUUUCUAGCUAGAAUAGAAGUAUAUUUGCAGCUAAUAUAUAUUAAUUUCACUAGUAAACUUGCAAUUUUUAUGGUUGACUCAUCUGUGAACAAUUUUUGCAAUAUAAUAUAUUGGAGAUAGCUAAAGAAUUGGACAAAAUACAUAAUACAUUUACAAUUGUCAGUAUAAUAUAUAUGGAGAUAGCUAAACAAUUAUCAUUCUAUUGAAGCUAUUACAUUUUGUAGCAGCUUUAAAAAUUGUUGAAGUUAUAAGUUUUCCAGUAUUGAAAUUAGAUAAAGAUGUAGAGAAAUAACUAACUUUAAUACAAUUUUGGUUAAAGAUUCUUUCUUGCGCUUUCUAAUUUUGUCUCUUAGUUAAAAUCCCUAUUUAUUAACACAUUGUCGUAAUAAUUUGAGGUGUUAUUGAAAGCAUGUCUAUUGUAUGAGGUAAAUGAACUGAUUUCCACCAUUUUUUACAAUGCUAUUUGAAACUAGUGUUAUGUGAUUUGUUGUUAUGCUAAUUUAUUCAAGUGUUUCAUUUGGCCUUCUAUAAUGAUGGUAUUUGCUAGUGUUUAAAUUUAAGAUAAUGCUUGAAAAAAAAAUUGGCUAUUUUAAGUUUGGUAUCCAUUGAGAUCUUCAACAUUUAAUUCUUUCAAUAUUUCAAUGAGGUUCUUUUUCUUAAUCUCUCAGCUUGCUGAUUGUUUGUAUUUCUAAGAUACAAUGAUACACUCCUUUUAUUUUAAUAGUAAGCAUCAGUAUUGGAGUUAAUAGAGAUACAUA